CGGCCACUACCGGCCGGAGCUCCAACGAUGACGAGGAAGGAAUUACCGACUGUUUGGGUUGAGGCAGUGAGACGAGAUUUUAGGGUUUUGGGAAUUAGGGAUUCAGGGAAGAUGAGAGAGUUAACGGCGGGCGAUGAAUUCAACAUCGAAGAAGCUGAUCUAGCCGUCUUUCCGCCCACCUGCGUUUGCACAAGCAGGCCGCCGGAUAUUGAUUGUCGGGGAUUUGAUAAGCUGAGGAACAUCGCCGGGAAAUUUUAGACGGUGGUCGGGGAUCCGCUUUGCCACCUGUUCAACUGUUCUUCCAAGUGUCCGUCAUGCCACCAAAUCGCGCCAACUCAUCCGUCCAACCACCAUGGCCCCUGCACAAAAGUUGACCUGCAUGAAACAAGAAAUGAUCGGUUCUGCCACCUGUUCUUCCCGUUGCGACACGGGUGAAACAUUGCGGAUCUGUGGUAAUAAUUCAACUCCUCCGCAUUGCUGUUACUUAACUGGGUUGCUCACUUUGCAAGUCAAGCUUGAGAUGUGUCGCUCUCUGAUGAGAUGUGUUUGAUGGUUGAAUGUUGAUUGAAACUGAACAUCAGGGAAUAGCCUAUUGAGACAAUUGAACUCUAUUUCCCUGUUCUCCAUCAGGUAACCUAGAAAUCGUGCUGCAGCACUGCUUUCACACAUCACAUCAAUCUUCGCCAUAUUCCAGGUCUUUCCCCAUUUACCAUCUUUUGUACUGUGUUCAUACGUUGUUAGUUCUCCUGUCUUUUCAAUUCAUCUGUAUGUUGAUCUCUAUCUUCCCCUAGCUGUCUUCCUAAGAAGCGGAAAUUAGAUGCCAAAUCUUGCAGGCCGUUGGUAUGAAUUGCAUGGUCGCCUCAUUAUUAGCUUAUCACAGUGGCCUGACACUGUUAAUCUGAUACAAGGUUAAUAAUCUCUAUCUUCAGAAGAAGAAGAAGUGUUCUUACAAGUGCUGGGAAUGGAGCUUGGAGGUUCUCUUGCUGUCCCCAACGUUCAAGAGCUGGCUUGGAGCUCGAAGGACGUACCGGCUAGGUAUGUACGUCCUGAACUCGAGCUCGAUCGGGUUUCUAAAGACGAGUCUGUUCGAGUUCCAGUGAUCGACAUGAGCAAGCUGGUUGGUGGGUGUGAUGAUAAAGAUGAAUUGGCUAAGCUUCAUUCGGCUUGUAGAGAUUGGGGAUUCUUUCAGGUGAUCAAUCACGGUGUUCCGGAGAAGGUGAUUCUGAAAAUGAAGGCAGAUGUUCAGGAGUUCUUCAGUCAGCCUUUACAGGAGAAGAUGGAAUAUGCACAGCUUCCUAAUGACAUCCAAGGAUAUGGUCAAGCGUUCGUGGUAUCAGCAGAGCAAAAGCUGGAUUGGGGUGACAUGCUCUAUAUUCUUGCACAACCUCAAGAUGUAAGAAACAUGAGGUUUUGGCCAAGAGUUCCCUCUUCUUUCAGGGCAACUCUGAUCCAGUAUUCAAUAGAGCUGGAAAAGCUGAAAGGUAUCUUGCUGAGUUCCAUGGCAAGGAAGCUGGGACUUGAGCCAGAAAAGCUGCUCACUUUGUUUGAAGAAGGUGUUCAAGGUGUAAGAAUGAACUAUUAUCCACCAUGUAAGCAAGCAAGCAAGGUUAUCGGUAUCUCCCCACAUACCGACGUCGUUGGACUGACAUUGUUGACUCAAGUGAAUGAAGUACAAGGUUUGCAGAUCAAGAAAGAUGGGAAAUGGAUUCCUGUUGAUCCCGUUCCAGGUGCCUUCAUCGUUAAUGUUGGCGACGUGAUUGAGAUCAUGAGCAAUGGAGAAUACAAGAGCAUAGAGCAUAGGGUAGUAGUGAACCCUGAAAAGGAGAGGCUUUCAAUUGCAGCAUUCCACAACUCAAACCGCAACGCUGUGAUUGGACCCUUACCAGAUAUUCUCAGCAAGGAGCAGAAGAAGCGAGCACCAAAAUACAAAUCCAUAUCAUACCAAGAAUUUUUGAAACUUGGACAGAAAGCUACACUCGAGGGCAAAGAAAAAGGCCUCGCUCAUCAUUUGAAGAUACAAACUGAAGCAGCGCAGUAAAUCCAAGCGCCUCCAUGGUCAAAAAGUAGCUGCAAAGUGUAAAAUUAAGCCAAAUGAAAUUUUGUUGUUUCGGAUUGCGUCAAGUCAUAUUCAUAAUUUCAUAUACAAGACCAAGAAGAUACAGUUUUUGCUUAGCAAGUCAAAACUCUUAACAGAGUUCCGUCCCUAUCUUUCUACAAAAAUAUAUAUACUGGGAUGCAUCAAUUCAUACCCAGCUUCUAAAGAGCAUAAAACCCUUCCCUAGCAUUUACACAAUUCAUCAACAUCAAAGGAAGCCAGUAGAGGCAAACCAUAGGUGCUUCUGCAAGCUGCCAGUGCUAAAAUUUAGCUGCAACAUCGACCUUGCACACAUUCGAUCACGGAC